CAGUGGGAGGCUUCAAAAUGGAGUAACGCAAGGUUCGCCUGCAACGUGGUAGACAGACUCCGUAGAGGAAUUCCGCAGUCGUCGAGGAUCCUUUUGAGAAUAAUACUUCAGAAUAAACACUGCGGUAAAGCACGUCGUUGUACCUGUUACUGAAGUUGUGACUCGUCGUCCGCGACAAUUGUUCAAUAUGGAGCCAUCGAAGCAACCAAGCCCCCAAGAGUGUGCUUCUCAGGACGUUAACCCUGUGUUUCUGCAACAACUUCGGGAGCUGGACAUUCCAGAAGAGGCAGCUAAACAGGCACUCCUGCGCACACGGAAUGUUUCUGCAGAGGAGGCGGCCAUUUUCUACUUCAACAAACUGGAGAAUGAGGAGGGAGAUGAGGACCUCAUGUACAAAAUGGUGUUUGUGGUCAACAUGGACCUUGCUAUGGGGGUUGGAAAGGUUGCAGCGCAGGUUGGACAUGCUGCUGUGGGGUUGUACCAGGGUCUGCAAGAGAAAAACAGCUGGAGGGAGAUGGCCUGGAAGUGGGACCACGCUGGAGCCAAGAAGAUUGUGGUCCAGGGUACCAAUGUGGCUCAUCUUUUAGAGCUGCAGGCCCAGGCCAUGAGCCUCAGUCUGCCCACUUACCUGGUCCGGGAUGCUGGGCUUACUCAGGUGGCAUCUGGUUCCCGUACCGUCCUGGCUGUUAUGGGUGAAGAGGACAUAGUGAACAAUGUCACUGGGAGUCUGAAGCUGCUCUGAAGGCCUCAAAACCACCGGAGGAAGUAAUGCAUCUGUGAUGCCUCAAAGUGUCCAACAGAGGGCAGCAUUUAGCGAGCAAGUGUGUAACCUUUAAAAACAAACAUGGAGGAGGAGGAGGGUGCCCUGACAAUUGUUUCCUUGAACUCUAUGUAUUGGUUGCUUUACUGGCCAUUGUGAGUUGAAGAGGUGAGAGAUGAGGUCUUUAACAGGGAUCUAGUAUAGAGGUUUUGGUGGAAGUCUUACUCUCAUUCAAAAUGAUGAAUGCUGUCAUUACUUAAUUUGGCUUUAUGUUGAAAUCAGUCAAUUAAUUGCGAUUGGCAAGGAGUAUUACAGUUAUGAAUAAUUAUUAAGGAUGCUGACAAUUCCGGCAAAUAAGGUAUUUCUGUGUAAACUUUUUUUGCCCUAAAUAUGUAAAAGGCUGAAUUCUCUAACUCUACUUGGUGUGGUCCUAAAUGGUUGUAUUUUGGAUAUGUAUGAUAAAGGCAUGGUUUGUUUUUGCCAUAACUGAUGAAAUGAUUCAUGUUAACGUGCAUGUACUUGUUCUACCGACUGUAUUGUUCUUUACGGUUUGUGUGAAUUUAAUCAAUACACCAAUAGUAUCAAUGAGUGUGUAUCAAUGAAUAUGUAACUCUCUCGUAACUAAUACUGGUCCAUAGAAUGAUCUUGUUCUAAGACUUAUUUAUCGUCAUCAUUUGCCAUUUGAGAAAUUCCUGCCUUUUCUCAGUUUAGAUUGUUAAAUGACGUGCAUGCAGUAUGACGUAUAAUUAAACAAAACUUAGCCUCC